AUGCAGAACGCGCUGAACCGGCCUGGCGUCGCGAUCGCUCCUGCCGCCGCGGCGACCCCACCCAGGGCCCGUGCCAACCCUGCAAAUAUUUCUGAACCUCUGCAAGACCCUCGAAAAUUUCCUGCCGCGCCCAAUUCCAUCGUCACGACGCCCUCAGGUCACUCUUCGCCCGUCUUGCGUCCCGCCCUCCGAACCACCCCAGGCACGAUGUCAUCACGCAAGCUUGAUGGCGUUCACUCGCUGAGUGCCAUAAUGGAGAAGCAAUCCCAGCAGCCCACUCUCAGCCAGUCCAAAUCCAGAUUCGCCCGCGCCGCGCAGUCCAAGGCCAAUGCCGAGAAGACGUUCGACCCUCGCGCUGCCGACUCGGAUGAUGACGAUGACAGCAGCAGCAGCAGCGACGACAGCGAUGAAGAUGGCCCGGCUGUUCCCAGCUUUGUGAACAAGAUCAAUGGCCAGGGUCCUUCGGCCAAACCUGCCGGUACCCCUCUGAAGAAGGCCAAGCGCGACAAGGAAGAUGAGGUCGCCGAUAGCGACGUCGAACAAAAGGCUCCGCCCGCCAAGAAGACUCCCGUCAAGCCUGAGAGCUCUUCGGAUGAGUCCUCCUCAGAGUCCGAAGCCGAAGCCGAAGCGUCCGACUCCAGCGACAGCAGCAGCGACAGCGAGAGUGAGUCCAACAAGAAGAAACCGGCAUUGAAGCUUCCCGCCAAAGGAGCUUCCGCCAAGGGAGCUUCCACCACCUCUUCGAGCGACUCUUCGAGCGAAUCCGAGAGUGAAUCGGAGGACGAGGCCGCAAAGCCGACAAAGCCCGCUACCAAGCCCGUUGUCAAUGGCACCAAGGCGACCAAGCCUGCCUCGACCAGUUCCAGCGAAGCAAGUUCCAGCUCCGAUGAGGAGGAAUCCGAUGACGAGCAGGAGAAGGAGGAUAGCUCUGAUGAGGACUCCGACAAUGAGGCGGCCGACCAGUCAGCUGCUGUUGCCGCUAGACGCAACAGCAACGAUCUCAGUGUUCCUGGUUUCGUCGGCAAGGACUUCGUCCUGAGACAGGCGCAAGGUGACGAGGACGGAAAGGACAUGUCCGACUUCUUCGCCAAGGCUAAGCUCGACGGAAAGCAGCUCUGGUACUUCACCGCGCCGGCGGCCAUUCCCAUCAACGUCGUCGAGAAGCUCCAGAUUCCGAUGGACAAGGCCCAGAACGGUGAUGCCAUCUUCCAGCACAACUCCGAGGACUACACCGUCGGCUUCGACGUUGGAUCCACCGCCGUGCAGCUUCUCAUCCCUAACAAGAAGGGCACUCGCUACGAGCAAGCCUCCCAGAGGAUCGACAAGGUCUUGCACGUCAAGCGCGUAACUCAAUUGGUCGGUAGCGAGCCUCGCGCCGCUAGAUCCAUCCAGCCGAACGUCCCACGCCCUCAGCCUCCGGGCCUGAGAGCUCGUUUCCACCCCAUCGGUGUCCCUGAUGACAUCCCCUUGGGUAAAAUCGGCUUUGACAAAAACAGUUCUGACAACGACGAGGAGGACGUCGACAUGGCACCGGCUCCUGCCUUGCCGUCCAGCUCUAAAAUAUCCAAGCGCGCGUUGGCCCAAGCUGCGAUUUCCCUUGACGAUGCCAUGGAUAUUGACGAGCCUACGCCCAAGAGCGCAAAGAAGGACAAGAAGAAGUCCAAGGCCGCACGAGACCCUGUUUCGGACUCUCAGUCUACCGUCAUUGAGGUCCCCAAUUCUCAGCCUCUGCCCUCUACCAAGGAGAAGAAGAGCAAGAAGCGACGCGAUAGCAUCGAGUCGAUCUCGAGCGUGGGCUCCAACCCGAAGCCGAAGUUGCUGAAGGGCCAGAAGAGUGCUGUCGCUACUCCCGAUCAAUCCAAGAAGGCAUCAAAGCGCAAGGUCCCUGCGGACGAGGAGGACCCCUCCGCCCAGUUGGUCAAGGAGGCUGCUUCAGCCGAAAAGAAGGCCAAGAAGCUUAAGCGAGCCGCCGAAAGUUCCGCCCCGGAGGUCGGUCAGGCUUCUGCCAAGAAAGUAACGGCUAUCCCUCCGCCCACUAUCCCGAAGGCCGGCUACUCUUUCUCGAACAUCUCUGAUAGAUCCAGCCCCACGCCUCAGAUCUCGACUCCUCAGCCGAAGUCCGCGUCGAAGGGUUCCAAGAAGUCCAAGGGAGAUGAACCGGCCACCUCCAGCACCUCCCAGACUGCUUCUGCUCGCAAGGAGACGCCCAUUCAGCCCCCCAACAUUCGCCGCCAGUCCAGUGUAUCCACUCAGAUUCCUUUCAAGCCAUCUCCCGCAGCUGAGGAGACGCCCAAGGAGAAGCGCAAGCGCAGAAAGUCGGAAAAGGCCGAGGAGCCCAAGUCCAGCAAGAAGGAGACGCCCAUUCCGCCGCCCAAGAUCUAG